UUGAAACAAGCCUCGAAGCGCCGCUGCGAAAGCUAGACACAGUAUCAAAACCUCAGUAUCAAGCGGCCAAUCACAGAUGGCUUUCUGCAGACGUUUCAUUUUUGGGACACACCUCUGGUAACGUGACGUCAAGAAUGUCUAUUAUAGAAAAAAUCAAGAUUACUUUAAAAGGUUAUGAUCUGGGAAACAAAUUUUCACACUUACCAUUUAAACCUAAAGCAUCAGUACUUAUCCCUUUGUUUUUAAAAAAAGGAGAGGUUCAUGUACUGUUGACUGUUCGGGCCAAACAAUUAAAGCAUUUUGCUGGUGAAAUAUGUUUUCCUGGUGGAAAAUCUGACCCUGCGGAUAAUAAUGAAAUAGACACAGCUCUGAGAGAAGCAGAAGAAGAAAUAGGGCUUCCACGUGAGAAAGUGAAUGUGAUCUGCAGACUUGUUCCAGCAAUUACCAAGGCUGGAAUAUUGGUAACUCCAGUGGUCGCCUUUAUUGAAGAAAGGUUUCAAGCCCGGCCCAACCCAGAUGAAGUGAGUGAUGUAUUUUCUGUGCCUCUUGCCUACUUUCUGGAUACAACAGAUCACGACAGACAAUUCCUCCCAAGACAAACCAGUCAGAAUUUACAAGAGUAUUUGGAUUUUUUCACAUACCAGGACCCAGAAACACACAAGACCUAUGUAAUCUGGGGCCUAACUGCUAGUUUUGCUUUGCUUGUUGCCAUGUUAGCCUUUGGGAAGAAACCCAGUAUUGUAUCAGCGUUUGACUUUAAUGAUAUGCUGACCCAUUUCGAAGCAAGGCUUAAAACAUACCAGCAAAGCAACCUAUGAUAUAAUUACACACUAACAGUACUAAUUGAAAAUGGAAAUUCCCAAAUUUUGAAUUGAAACUGAAAUCUUGCACAUGUGUGAGGAAGAAAAUCACAUAUUGCAAGAGUAUGUAGCCCUUAAUGAAGAAAUAAUGUAACUGAUUAUGUCUGCUUUUCUUCGCAGAAAUAAACUUUUUCCAAUAUGUUUGCCAGAUUGUGUAGAUAAUAUCAUGUAAGGUAUGAAUUUAAUCUGUCUUCUGCUUUAUUUUAUUUUCUGUGUGCCCUCUCUUUUAAAUACUAAUGCUUUUCAAGAGGUCUUGUCAUUAAUUAAAAUCAUAUAUAAACUUUGUAUGUGUAUUGUGAAUUCUGUAAAAUAUAUAUGAAUAGAACUUUCAUUGUCUC